AUGAGUGAUACAAGUAAUGCAGCAAAGAAGGAGUUACCAUUCUUCUUUGGUGACUCUAAUGAUAAUGAUGAUAAAAGAUUGAAUGAUAGUGGCGAUGAAAAGUUCAGUGCGGAUGAGGCUGACGAUGAUGCUGGUAGCGAUCUAGAAGACUUCAUCCCUCCACCUUCAGACACAAUGGAUGCUAUGCCACAACAGAUAAUGAAUAGGGCGGGACGUGGAGGAGGAAAUACAGGUGUAAAGGGUGUGUUGGCAGACUAUGCUGAGCAUCAGGAGAAGAAGAGACAGGAGUUUGUAAUGGAUAAGGAGUUGAGGAAACAGAUGGUACAAAAGAUGGCGGUCACUGUGAAGGAUAACCCUGCGAAUCAACAACAGCAGCAGCAACAAGAGGAGGAGGAUGAGGAGGAUGAAGAUCUCAAACGACUAAAGGAGCAGCGUCUGGCACAGUUCAGAAAGCAGCAACAGCAACACCAACACCCUGCCAUGCCCAAGAACAAGACAUUCGGAUUCCUCAAGCAGAUCAACAAGAAGGAGUACGUCGAAGAGAUUGACAACGAGCCUCCCCAUGUAUUUGUAAUUGUACAUCUUUAUCAGAAUUACAUCCCAGAGUGCAUUGCGUUGAACCAACACUUGUCACAACUGGCUAUUAAGUAUCGACAUAUUAAGUUCCUCAAGAUUCUAUCGACUGAGGCAAAGGCUGAUUAUCACGAUGAGGCACUGCCCUCGCUGUUGGUAUACAUUGGAGGCAAUCUAUUGGUGUCAUUCAUACCGAUCACCGAAGACUUGGAGCGCAACUUUGUCAAGGAGGAUCUGGAGCUAUUGUUGGCGAGCUACGACAUCAUCCCCCAGCCCAAGGCAGAGCGUUGGGAGACAUCACUGUCACAGAACCGUGGCGGCAACAACAACAUCAGCGGAACCUAUAUCAAUACAGCAUCAGGGCGUGGUGGAGAUCAUGGUAGUGAUGACUCUGACCGCGAUGACUCUGACUAA